AUGAUUACCAGUUCUGAACCAUCUUUCAUUUUUCUUUUUCUGUCUUUUAUUUUCUUCUUCUUUCCUUUGUCUUUCUUUUGCUCUCAUUCUUUUCUUCUCUUUUGUUUAUCUCUUUUCUUUGUUCUCAUUCUCUUUGAUUUCCAAUCGUGUUUGUCUAUUGUUGCUUGGCAAAUAUCCGAACAACAACCCGCAACUCAAGGUGUUAAUCGUGCCGAGGAGGAAUGGCUACUGCGUUAUGAGGUCGCUUCCCUACAGGCUUCGGAACCCUGUCUAGUAACACAUGCUGUCAACAGCAGCAAACGCGUACACACCACCACUUGCGUAGAUAAACACAGUCACAUCCGAAAGCUCUCUCUCUCUCUAUUCGUCUACACAUUCAUUAGCGCAAACCACAAAUACGCUUUCAACUAUGCUCUGAAUAUACGCAGCUACCCACCUCUCUCUUUGUAUCUGUUUUUUUUUUCUUGCUUUACACCCCCUCCCACUUUCUUUCUAUUUCUCUCUUUCUUCUUCUCUCUGCAGUACAACUGCAUAUCUAUUUAUAUACCUAUAUAUCGCUAUCUAUGUACGGAUAAGUCUAUUCAUUUCACUUUAUUUAUCUACGUAUAUUUGGUCAAUCUUAUAUUUUUCUUUCUAUCUAUCUAUGCAUAUCUUGUCUAUAUCUAUCUAUCUAUCUAUCUAUCUAUCUAUCUAUCUAUCUAUCUAUCUAUCUUCCGUUAUACGGUCAUGACUCUCUCUCUCUCUCUCUCUCUCUCUCUCUCUCUCUAUCUCUCUCUCUCUAUCUCUCUCUCUGUGAACACCCAGGACUUCUAG